UCUAUGCCUUCUGACUCCAAAUCCAACAUAAUGUAUAGAUUAAUGUGGAUGAGCAAUUUGUAGAGUGGCCUGCGUGUGAUUCAGCCCUCGGGCCACAUCAUUAUUGUAUGGAUUCUGACAUUUGUUGUGGAAGGAUGCACUAGUGUAAUUGUUUCUGCUUGUUGGGCCAAUAACAACUGCUGUUAAGGGAUUUUUUGUAUUGUGGUUCAAUUUGGACUUAUGUAAAUACUUAGCAGAGCAAGAAGGAAUAUUAUUGGUGUCAUCUCUAUUUGGUCUCAGAUUCAGAGGGAGAAGGAAAAUAGCUGAAGUGUGUACACCAAUUAGGAACUCUUAUUCGCAGACAAAUUAUCAGUUUUUGGCCAGAGAGUGAAGGUUUGAAGAGCAAAAAUGGGAAAUUCAUCAGGAAAAAACAAGAAAAAUAAGAAGGGGAAGGAAGAAGGAGAAGAGAAUGACCAAGCAGCCAAUGAACAAACAGAACAAAAGCAAGGAGAGGAAGCAGCCAAUGAGAACAAGGAAAACAAACCUGCUGAGGAAGCAGCCAAUGAAACAAAAGAAGACAAAGCAGGAGAUGAAGGAGGAGGAGGGGAAGAAGGAAAAACUGAAGAGUCAAAGAACACUGGAGGACUUGUGCCAUUGGGUGCUGGUUAUCGGUCACCAUGGAAAUAUGUAGCAAUGAAUGUCCUUGGUGUUUUGUGGUACAUGGUGUGUAUGUUUGUCAACCCCCUGUCUGUAUAUUUCUAUCAGGGAACAGCUCAGAAAGCAGAUGGAAAGGAAGGUGAAAAGUCACCAGAAAAUGCCGCUACUGUCAAAACUAAAGAAACAAAUGUAGAGCACAAAACUGAUGCUAGUAAUAAUGCAAAACCUGAAAAUGAGAUAAAAGAUGAACAAAAGGCAAAUGACACCAAUGUGGCACAAUCCUCUAGUGAACAAAAGUCUGACAAUGUUGAACCAGUUUCUAGUUCUGUCUUAAAUGAAAAAGAGGCAGGCAAAGUUGAAAAGUCUGAGGAGAAAUCAGCUGAAGUAAAAGUAGAGCAAGAAACAAAUGAACAGCCAUCUCAAAAUGAAACAGAAAAAUGUGAAACUAGUGACAAUAUUACAGAUCGUAAUCCUCCUUUAGCAUGUCAAGAUGAGGAAGGAUUAGACACACCUGAAAUUAAUGAGAAAAAUGCUCAAGAGAGUGAUGAAGUUGCUAAAGAGCCAACAGUGGAAUCAGUAGAUGAUGCUGCAGCAGUAGUGGAAAAGCAACCGGAAGAACCUGCUUCAGAUAAUAGUCAAGAUACUCCAAAAGAGACUGACGUGAAAUCUGAGGAGAGCUCUAAACCUGUUGCCCAAGAUGAAGAGACUGUCAAAAAGACUGAAGAAUUGAUUGAAGAACCUGCCAAAGAAAUUGCAGAGGAGCAGUCUGUAGAAACAGCCACAGAAGAAAACUCAGAAGAAACGCAACAAACAGAGGAACAUGUAAAUAAGGCAAAUGAUGUCUCUGAAGAAGCAAAAACUCCUCAAGAGCAACAACCAGAAGCAGGUGAGGAAGAAAAGGAUGAAGGAAAAAAUGAAAUCCUGGAAGAAUCAAAACAAUCAGAGGAACCUGCAGAUGAGGCAAAUAUUGCCAGUGAGGAAGCAACUGGUGCUCAAGAGCAACAAUCGAAAACAGUUGAAGAAGAAAAGGAUGAAGGAGACAAUGAAAAAACACCAGAGGAGUCAGAAAUUGGGGAGCAGACUUUGCCUUCAAUGGAAACUGAACAACAAAAGGAGGAGGUUGUAGACAAUAAUGUAGAGGAGCCAGAGCCCAAAGAACAGAAGAGUGCGGAAACACCUAAACCUGAUGAAACGACAGCUGACACACCUAAACCAGAUGAGCCAGAACCAGCAGCUCAGGAGGAAUCUAAGGAAGAAUCCAAGGAAGAAACUAAGGAGGAACCUAAGGAAGAAAGUAAGGAAGAAAGUAAGGAGGAACCUAAGGAAGAAUCCAAGGAAGAAACUAAGGAGGAACCUAAGGAAGAAAGUAAGGAAGAAACUAAGGAGGAACCUAAGGAAGAGACUAAGGAAGAAACCAAGGAAGAACCAGCCCCAGAAUCAGAGGAAAAGCCUCCCAUGGAAGUUUGUGAGCCCCCACGGAUAGAACCAGAGGCAGCGGCUCCAGCAGAGUCAGAACCACCAGUAGCCACCCAGGAGGAAAGUGCAGAGAGUGAGAAGUUUGCCACUGAGUUCCGAUGGGAAGAUGAAGGAGAAACCGUCAAAGUGUCCGGCUCUUUUAAUGAUUGGAAAGAGCAAGUGCCUUUAGAGAAAAAUGGAGACAACGUUUUCCAAGCUGUCAUUGAUCUCCCCAAAGGAGAAUAUGUGUUCAAAUUCAUUGUGGAUGAUAAUUGGAUAAUUAGCAAAAAACUGCCAACCAAAGUUGCCGAUGAUGGAGUAGAAAACAAUGUUGUCGUGGUUUCCGGCUGAGCAUGCCCAGUCCUCUCCCCGACUCUACACAAACAACACAAAGUCAAGACGCAUUCUCUGUGACAUUCCAAGCAUACAGAUUAGAUCAGCUGACAUAUUUUCUUCUUUUUGUGAAAAAUUUUGAUCAUCAUUACACCAAAAGAAAACCAACAUGAUUUUUUUUUUCUUUUUUGCAAAGCAUAUUUGUUUGAUGAUGCACUUGGAGUUCUAUUUUAAGAGCUGAGCAAGAGUUUUAUUUUUCUCUCACGUUUUCUGUGGAGAUUUAUCAUUGAAAUCAUGCUUUGAUCUUUGAAGGCCUUUUUUACUUUCACUUCUGCGGUAUUUGCUUGUAUUUUGUGCUUUUCAAAAGUGUAAAUGUGUUUGUAUAAGUGUGAAUGUGUAUUUUGUAGAAGUACAUGAAAUAUUUAUUCUUUAAAUCCUCUCAACUUGGGACUUUAAGCAUCAAAAACACUAUUAAUAAGGAAAAUAUGUAGUAAAGGGAAUUCUUUGACCAAGCUUUUAUGUGUUUUUAGCUAAAUACAUGUCCCAAAUAUUUUUUUUCACAAGGUUUGGUAAAUAGAUAAGCAUUUAGUAUUAAAUUGACCUUAUUUUUUUUAAACCCCCCCCCCCCCCCCCCCAAAAAAAAAAAAAAAUUCAGUUGCAAACAUCCUCUGUUCACAUUUUUGAUUCGAAACCCUGCUCAUACUGACUCUUGCUGUUGUGCUUCAGAUAGGAUGGUUCUAAUUGUAACUCUAUCUGGGACAACCCUAUUACUUGAACAGUCAACAAGGCAAGGGUUUCAUUAACAGCUGUUAAGUACAAUAUGUACGGAGUGACUUAAGUGUGGUAAUUGGGUUCUGAAAUGUUGUGACAAGUAGUUUUUUUUAUAUGAAUAGUUCAACCCUCAGAAUGAGUCCGAAGUUCAAAUGGAAGCCCCAAGAGCUGUUUGUUUUGUAAUUCUGUGAUUUAUUUGUUCAGCCUAAUCAUUAUCACCGAGAUGCUUUAAAUAGUUAUAAUUUACAUAAGAUUGGUAGAAGAGAGAUAGUUGCUAUUAUUGUAUGAGGUUCUCAAUUCUUUCCACCUUUUUUUAUAUCUGGCUUUUAAUACAACUGUAUUCAUUCAUAUUCUUGGUAAUGUUGCCUAAUUUUUGAAUGCACUGGUGAAUAGGAGUUUGUGGUGAGCUUUAUCAAGGGGGAGAUAAUUCUACAUUUAUUUGCAAUGCAACUUGUUGGAUAGUAAUCAUUCAUAUUUUUGUAUAACUGUGGUAUAUAUUGUCACAUUGAAUGCUGUCACACUGUGAAAUGAAUGUUUCCUUUCUCUAAAUAUCUAAGAUUUGAAAGGAUAAAAAAACUGUAAGUGAAUUUCUCCUUCAGUUAAGAUGAUUUUGAUCUAUGAUCAUGAAAUUCUUUUGAGUAGACAUCUUAUUGUACUUAGAUAUUUUAAUGGAUAUUUUUUUUGUUAUACAAGUUAAUAUCUUUACUUACCACUAAGUAAUCAUCAAAAUGAAACAAUUGUGUUAUAUUGUUUAUAUGUCAAUUUAUAGUGUUUGUUAAUUACUAAAAUAUCUAGUCAUUUUUUUGUAUACCUAACAAAAGACAUUAAUUUUAGGGGAAAAUUUCACAUAAGUGGUAAAAGUGCUUGUAGUAAUGUAGUGUCUUGUAUGUCAUUGAAAUAAAAUUAACUAAGUUAAAA